GGCGGCGACUCGGCGGCAGGCGGGUGCGUGCGCGAGCGAGCACCGCGCGGGCGGGCGGCUGGGUCUCCAUGGUGAGCGUGGGGGGCGGCUGCCGCCGGCGGAGAGUCUGAGCCUCCCCUCCCCGCGGUGCCAUGUCCCGGGGGUGCUGCCCUCACCUGCUGUGGGACGUGCGGAAGCGGAGCCUGGGGCUGGAGGAGCCCGGUCUGCUGCGGAGACACUACCUAGGAAGAAGAGAAUUUAUCCAAAGGUUAAAACUUGAAGCAACACUGAAUGUGCAUGAUGGCUGUGUAAAUACAAUUUGCUGGAAUGAUACAGGAGAAUAUAUUUUGUCAGGUUCAGAUGACACCAACCUGGUAAUUAGCAAUCCCUACAGCAGAAAGGUUUUAACCACCAUUCGCUCAGGACACAGGGCAAAUAUUUUUAGUGCAAAAUUCUUACCGUGCACCAAUGACAAGCAGAUUGUGUCCUGUUCUGGAGAUGGAGUAAUUUUUUAUACUAAUGUUGAGCAAGAUGCUGAGACCAACAGACAAUGCCAAUUUACGUGCCACUAUGGAACUACCUAUGAGAUUAUGACAGUACCGAAUGAUCCCUAUACUUUCCUCUCUUGCGGUGAGGACGGAACUGUAAGGUGGUUUGAUACUCGCAUCAAAACAAGUUGCACAAAAGAAGAUUGUAAAGAUGAUAUUUUAAUAAACUGCCGACGUGCUGCCACCUCUGUAGCUAUCUGUCCUCCAAUACCAUAUUAUCUUGCUGUGGGCUGUUCUGAUAGCUCGGUAAGAAUAUAUGACCGGCGAAUGCUUGGCACAAGAGCAACAGGUAAUUAUGCUGGUCGGGGCACUACAGGAAUGGUUGCACGUUUUGUUCCUCCCCACCUCAAUAACAAAUCCUGCCGGGUAACAUCUCUGUGCUACAGUGAAGAUGGGCAGGAGAUCCUUGUUAGCUAUUCUUCAGAUUACAUAUACUUGUUUGACCCUAAGGAUGACACAGCACGAGAACUUAAAGUUCCUUCUGCAGAAGAGAGAAGAGAAGAGUUACGGCAACCUCCUGUUAAACGUUUGAGACUAAGAGGGGAUUGGUCAGAUACAGGACCAAGAGCAAGGCCUGAGAGUGAACGAGAAAGAGAUGGGGAGCAAAGUCCUAACGUCUCACUGAUGCAGCGGAUGUCAGACAUGCUAUCAAGAUGGUUUGAAGAAGCAAGUGAAGUUGCGCAGAGCAACCGAGGACGAGGAAGAUCUCGGUCUAGAGGUGGAACCAGUCGACCAGAUGCCUCCAUUACUAGCAACAUACCACCAAGUGCUGAAUCAGAGACUGCAAUGGAAGUGGAUGGUCCUGAACAGCUUCCAUCCUCUUCAUCCUCUACAAUGUCAGCACAAGCUCCCUCAACAUCUUCCUCAAUAGAAACCCCCCCUUCCACAUCCUUACUAUCCUCACCUGACAAUGAACAAAGACCAUCUUUGGAGGCCUCUACUCAUCCUACACUCCAUCAGUCUGAAUUUUUGGCACCUGAGUUAGCUAUACUCCGUAGGGGCCUGCAGCGACUGAGGCUUAAGAAGGCUGAACAACAGAGACAGCGAGAGCUAGCUGAGCGUUCAGCACCACAGUCCUCCACCUCUGAUCAGUCUUCCCCUAAGGGCUCCUCACAGGACCCUCAGACUUCAGGUGCAGUUGAGUUUGGUGAUGGGAGCAUGGAAUUUAGGAGUCAUGACUCUUCAGGUAUUGUUCCUGGCACAGUAGAAGUUCUAGAUUCUCCUUCCUCUAUGGUUAACAAACAGCUUGGAUCCAUGUCACUUGAUGAGCAACAGGACAGUGAAAAGCAGAGUCCGCGAACUGGAACAGGUGAACCAGUUUUAAGUUUGCACUACAGUACAGAAGGAACUACUACAAGCACGAUAAAAUUGGACUUCACGGAUGAGUGGAGCAGCACAACUUCAAGUUCUAGAGGGAGUGGAAGUCACUGCAAACCUGAAGGCCAGGAGGAAGCUCUAAGAACACGCAGCUCAGAACAGACAACACCAGAAAAUGAAGAAACAAGAGUCCGUAAAGAAUUGCCCGAGGAAGUUACAAGUGCUGAAGAGUUGAAAACUAUAGAUGAAGCUGUAGAGAGAGCAGAAACAGCGAAUAUUUCUGAGCAUCCUGGAACCAGCACAGAAGGAGAAAGUGAUCCCAAUCUUGACAGCAUCUGUAGGAACCCAGAGGAAGGACCUUCAAGUGAAAAAAGCAAAGAACAAGAGAGUUCAAGUCAAAGUACAGAGUCUACUGCCAACCCAGUUAAUACAAACCAUGAACAUCAACCACAGCCAGACUCUUCAGGGCUUGCAAGUCAUGAAGAAUCGUCCACCAGAAGCACUACUUUCCAAGAAACUGAUGAUAGUGAUGAUGACCCUGUCCUGAUACCUGGUGCAAGGUAUCGAGGAGGACCAGGACAUAGAUUUAAUAUCAGAGGAACAGCAAUAGGUGAUAGAAUAAUGAGACGAUCAGCUGUUGCUCGCAUUCAGGAACUCUUCAGAAGAAGAAAAGAAAGGAAAGAGAUGGAAGAAUUGGAAACCUUGAAUAUUAGACGACCUUUAAUAAAGAUGGUGUAUAAGGGUCAUCGGAACUCCAGGACAAUGAUAAAGGAAGCCAAUUUCUGGGGCUCUAACUUUGUAAUGAGUGGUUCAGAUUGUGGCCAUAUCUUUAUCUGGGAUCGGCAUACUGCUGAGCAUCUGAUGCUGCUGGAAGCUGAUAAUCACGUGGUGAAUUGUCUACAGCCACAUCCAUUUGACCCAAUUCUUGCCUCAUCAGGUAUUGAUUACGAUAUAAAAAUCUGGUCACCGCUAGAAGAGUCCAGGAUUUUUAACCGAAAACUUGCUGAUGAAGUUAUAACUCGUAAUGAAUUAAUGCUGGAGGAGACCAGAAACACAAUUACUGUUCCAGCUUCUUUCAUGUUACGAAUGCUGGCAUCAUUGAAUCAUAUAAGAGCUGACCGGUUGGAGGGUGACAGGUCAGAAGGGUCUGGUCAAGAGAAUGAAGAUGAAGCGUAAUUGGAUCUUCUGUGCGAGCACCUAGACGUUAUGGAAUUUAUAUAAGACAUUAAUUAUAUUUUUCCUUACAGAGCUUUAGUGCAAUUUUAAGGUUUUGCUUUUGGAUAACCCAACAUUUUGUUUCUGAACGACUGUGUGCAUGACUUUGGGAGAGUGUGCAAGUAAAAUAAGCAAAAAUGUUUUUAAAACGUUUUGCCAUGUCUGAGGGGUGCUAGAAGAUGCAAAGUGCAAUAUUUUCCUUAACCUGCAAACGUGGGAGCUUGGAUCAAUGUUUAAAAAUAACUUUCAUUUGAGCAAAAACAUUGGUUCAAAUAAAUUUCUAUACCUGCUAUUUGCAUGUUUGUUGCUUUCUAAUUAAAAGAUUUGGUUGUUUUAAA